CCUUUGCUGAAUUUCAAAAGCUACAUACAAUUCAUUUUGACAACAACUCAAUUAUACAAAACCUCAUUUCAGGGCAAUUUCUUGCUUGUGACUUGAAUCCACCUUAAUUAGUCUCCCUUAGUCUGCACUCAAAGAACAACACCUCCAGAUUCAUAUACUAAAUCCAAACCCCUCCAUCUCUUCUCCAACCAACCAAAAGAAGAAAAAGAAAAAAUGUCCACACAACCACAGCAACAACCUGUUGUGGUUUACCCCAACACCGUUUCUGGGCAGCCACCACCAGCUUCCCACUCCCACUCAAAUGGAUCAUUUGGUACUGUUUUUAUAGUUCUUGCUGUGAUUAUUGUUAUAUCAGCGAUUGCUUGUUGCCUUGGCAGGCUCUGCAAUAAGCGUCAAGACAGCAAACACAGCAAACCCAGUAAGCAGAGCCAGCAAAACACUAAUUUUCGCCCCAAAGAAAGGGGAAGGGAGAGGGAGAGGGAGAGGGAGAGAGUAGGGGACCUUGAGUUUGGGUUCGACAGAGGAUUCCCAAUAGAUAGAACAGGUGGAAAUGGAGAUGGUAGAGGACACAAGCCAUCUGAAAAUGGUCGUAUGAAAGCUGAAAGUUAUCCUGUUGGUGAUGACCAUCUCAAGCCUGGUCCAUAAAAGAUCAUGAUGAUAGGUUAUUUUCUUCAUGUAUGUUACUUUCUCUGUUGAUUGCUAUUUCUGCCAAAAUCCCUUUUUUUUUUCUUUCUUUUAAUUUUCUUAGAUUUCAACUGCAGCUUGAAAUAUGUAAUUACAGAAACUUGAUCAAUUACUGUAAUUUUUUUUUAAAUCAUAUGAAAUGAUGGGGAUUACAAACUAUUUCGAA